AUGAGCCUACGACCGCCUGCCGCCAUACGCCGUCCUUCCAGCAACGUGGAUGGUAUUUCCCACGAGUUGUCACGGGUCAGCAGCGACAUUGGACGUAAUGAACAGCUAGAUUCCCACGGCCAGGUUUUACUGAGCAACGAAUGGGACAAAAAGGAAGGCUGGCCUGUUGUUGCAGCCGGAUCAGCCACAUUCUUUGUGUAUCUUGGUUUGGUAUACUCCUAUGGCAUUGUGCAACUUCAUCUUGCCGAUGCGCAUCUCGCUAGCGCCUCGACCUUGUCGUUCAUCGGAUCCCUGGGGGCAGCCAUGUCUCCUCUCAUGGGAAUGAUAGUAGCUCGGAUUAUCAAGCGCAUCGGCUACAGAUUCACUGCCUUCAUUGGGAGCAUAUUUCUGGGUCUUGGAGAGUUCACUGCGGGCUGGUCAACGCAAUCAGUUCCUGCCAUGUUUGCCACACAGGGACUUCUAUUUGGCAUUGGAGCUGCGAUGCUCUUCUUGCCGGCGGCAACAGUGCCGUCCCUAUGGUUCAAAAAGAAACGAGGACUAGCAACUGGUCUUGUCUAUGGCGGUGCUGGGCUAGGUUCUGCUGUGAUUGCGAUUUCACUAGAAGAGCUGAUUAGCGUGACUGGGCUAGAGGGAGCUUUGAAAAUACUCGGAGGCAUGGCAUGGGGUAUUUGCAUCCCAGCAUCCUACUUCCUCAAAGCGCCCUCAGGAAGCGCGCGUGCCGUGUCGAGCAUACAAUGGCGUCUCCUCCGUAGUCUAAGGUUCAUUCUCAUGUUACUCAUGGGUGCCAUCGCAACCUUCCCUCUCUUUGUCCCUCCGUUCCUCCUGCCACUUUACAUCUCAUCGAUCGGUUUCUCCAGCCGAGUGGCUGCAUCUAUACUCGCAGCAUGGAACUUUGCCUCUGCCCUCGGUCGUAUCGGAAUGGGCUUUGGGGCUGAUAUCUUCCUCGGCCCGGUCAAUAGCAUGAUCCUCUCGCUCACUGUUAUCGGCGUGAGUGCAAUGGCCCUCUGGCCGUUCGCAUCCUCUCUCGGACUUCUUAUUUUCUUCGCGAUUAUCAAUGGAAUGGGCUCUGGUGGUUUCUUCAGUCUCAUGCCCGUCGUCGUAGGCGCGGUGUUUGGGGAUGGGCAGCUCGCGAAUAUUAUGUCCAUGUUGUCGACAUCCUGGACUUUUGGGUAUUUUCUGGGGUCGCCUAUCGCUGGAUACCUGCUAGAUGCUUACGGCGGCACAGACGCCGGCCUUGCUGCGUUUCGGCCCGCAAUCUUUUAUGCUGGAUCGCUGACCCUGGCGAGCGCGGGCCUGCUUUUCUGGAGAAGGAAUGUCAACCGUGCAUAUCAGGUUGAAAACGGCCAUUACUGA